UGGCGAAGGUGGUACAUGCGUCUUCAUGGAUCUCCGACACCCCUAGGAUACAUUUUUAUAAUUCGAAGGGAAAUUUUUCUAUUUUUAAGGGUUGUGAUGCGUGGCUACGAUGACUAUCCAGUGGAGCAAGAAACCGUGUUCGACUCUAGGCCGCCGUUCCGCAGCCCCCAGGAGGCCUACUACAAGCGCCCCCACCGCCCGCGGCGGUACAGCGCAGGGGCAGACACCACGCGGCAGAUCUACCGCACCUUCAGUGACGACCAGAAGAUGCUGAUACACGCCGCGAUGCCGGGUGUCCCUGGGGAGUUGUACGCCUGCCCGGACACGAGGUGCUACGGCUCCACCCCCAGGAGAUCGCGCCGGCUCUGUCCCGACGAGUGUGUCGGCGUCUACGACCCCGGAGAAAUGUCCGUGUGUUGUUGUGAGGACGAGUGGUACACCAGAGGCGGUCAGCCCACCGUGUACUUCGCGAGUGACAUCCCACCGUGUCCACCCGCGCCGGCAGUCAGUAAUCCCGCGCUGUACCGGGAAGUCCUGACCCCCACGCAUCCUUACCCUCAGACUCCCACACGUCCUUACAGGGAACAGGCUCACACCCCCACGCGAUCCCAUUACCGUGACUCCCAGGUUCAGACUCCGACCAGAACCCAUCACCUGUACAGAGAUCGAUCGGUCAGCCGCAGUUCCAGCCGCGAGCUCAAGAUGAACGGCCACGGCAGCGCCCCCUACAGCCAGAGGGGCCGCCGGGAGGACACAGACUCUGAGGAGGAUAUCGUGAGCGCCGCGGGGCCCCUGGCCGCCGAGUGCCGCUGUGCCUGCGACCACAUCAUUAACGGCAGCUACCGUCAGCUUAAAGAGGAAGAUAGCACCCAAUUUCCCCCAGACGUGACUCAACCGAACAAAGAGGAGGUUACGUUCUACCCUCGACACCCGCCCUCUACCACGUCUACUUCUACUACAACAGGCUGCAUGUUGCUGACAGACUUGUUCAGUUCCGGGGGUUUGCGGGGGCGGCACCGAUGGCUGGUGGGGGUGGCGGUCCUCCUGGCAGCGGCGGCGGGAGUGGGCGUCCCUUUGGCUCUUAGUAUCCAAGCCGGAGCUAGCUACGAGGAGCGACUAGAGAUGGCUCACAAAUUGCUCAGGGAGACCCCAUUGGUGGAUGGACAUAAUGAUCUGCCUUGGAACAUCCGGAAGUUCGUGCACAACCGUCUGAACGAGUUCCGAUUCGGAGAAGACCUGCGGCAAGUGCCGCCUUGGUCCUUGAGUGCCUGGUCCCACACGGACUUGCAGAGGUUAAGGGCGGGCCACGUCUCUGCACAGUUUUGGGCGGCGUAUGUGCCUUGUGAAUCUCAGUUCAAGGACGCUGUGCAGUUGACCUUGGAACAGAUUGACGUUAUCAAGCGACUCACUGACAAGUACCACCCUCCCCUCACUUACUGUACUUCUGCCAAAGAGAUCUUCGAGGCACACUCUAGAGGGGAUAUGUGCAGCCUCAUAGGAGUUGAGGGUGGUCAUUCUCUAGCUAACAGUCUGCCUGUGCUGAGGGUUCUGUAUAGUUUAGGUGUGCGCUAUCUCACCCUCACCUCCACAUGCAACACACAAUGGGCCGAUUCUUCUUUAGUUGAGCUGCCUGGGCGGAAGGCCCAACACGGUGGCUUGACAAACUUUGGGAAGAUAAUAGUGAAGGAGAUGAACCGGCUCGGCAUGAUUGUAGACCUCUCCCACGUCUCUUUGUCCACGAUGAAAGCCGCCUUGGAAGUUAGCAAAGCGCCUGUCGUGUUUUCCCAUUCUUCCGCUAGAGCGCUCUGCAAUAGCUCCCGUAAUGUGCCUGACAACAUCCUAGCCUCUGUGGGUCUCAACGGAGGCCUGGUGAUGGUCAACUUCUACUCACAGUUUCUGACUUGCAAAGACACCGCUACCGUCGCCGAUGCUGCUGCGCAUAUCAACCAUAUUCGCAACAUUGCUGGAGUGGACAGCGUGGGGCUGGGAGCCGGGUACGAUGGCAUUAAUCUGACCCCUAAAGGGCUGAAGGACGUGUCUAGUUACCCUGCUCUGUUCGCCGAGCUGAUCGGCUCCGGCCUCUGGCAGAUAGAGGAUCUCAAAAAACUAGCGGGUCUCAACUUCCUUAGGGUCAUGAAGCAGGUUGAGAAGGUGAGGGACGAUUUGGCUAAAUCUGGUGUGGAGCCUUACGAGGAUACGAUCAACCCACGUUACCUGAAAGGACGUACCAACUGCACGUCACAGGAUCCUUUUUAAUGAAAUUUUUUAUUGCAGGCCACUGCCAUAUAGCUUAAGAUUCGAAGGCUUGUCAAGGCCCUCCAAGAUCCACACCGUCAACGGCUGUAGCCUUCCCGCCAGAAGUAGACUUUAAAGACACCAGACCAUGUGACAGGGUCACGUGACCGUCUCGUCGUUGCCGGUUGUUAACAAUCUUGCGUGAUAAUCAUGGACAUCGUUAACAAAUUGUAGUGAUGCAACCAAUUCAUAAUAUUCCUAUUACACUGAUUGUUAGAACGGCUAAUUCUUGUAAAUACUGGAAACAGGGAAAUGGUUUUUAUAAAAGUAAAAUUAUAAGCUUAAGAAAAGACCAAUUUCAAUUUACUGCUGUACUGUAGAAGAACUAGUUUGGUAGUGUAUUAUACAAUAAACUAGGUUGCGACGUCCUUGUGACUUAAUAAAUUCUUCUUGUCUUCUUUAUAUUUGUAAUAUUAAAGUACAAAAUAUUGUUAAAACUAAAAAUUAUAUUCGCGAGUUCAAGCAAUAAAACGCUUCACUAUGUUGUUGAGCCUAAAUAAAAAAUAUUCUUUAAAAUAUAAUUUUGCAGUAAUAUUAAUAAGUAAAUUAUUUAUAAUAAUUCAUUUGUAGAACUAAGCAAUUUACGUAUGUCACUUAAAAACAUAUCAUGAGUGAUUUAAACAUGUGACCUAAGUAUAUUUUAUAUAUUUAUUAAUACAUUGUUUAUUGUUAGCUUGAAUAAAUUUUCUUCGUGUUCUAUCGUUGGGCUUAAGUGCUUUAUUUAGUUGUUGAGUUGAUCAACUUAGGAAAUGUUAAAAAUCAUGUGCCAAAGUAAGUUUUGCUAAAACUAUUUCAGGUAGUAAAAUUGCGCAGUGAAAAGUUAUGUACAACUAAAGCCAUAGUAGUUAUUUUGAUAAAACAAUAUAAAAGAAAUUCUUUGCACACGUAAUGAAUAUGUUGCUGUCAGAAGCUCUAUAGUAAUAUUAUGGAAUCAUUGUUUUUCCUAAUUGCUUAUAACUAUUAUCAGUUCUGUCUCUUUUGAUUGAAAUAAAUAUUACCGUAUAUGUAUUUGUAUUAAUAGUUAAGUGUCAAAUUAUUUCAAUAACAUAAACUAGUGCCAAAAUAAAUACUUCCAAAAUGAACCAAAGUCAAUUUAUUAGCUAUUGAACUCUAACAAAGUUACUCGGUUCAUGUAUGAUAUUAAACAUUUCAUUAUCGUUUCCAAAUAAACUGAUACUUAAUUAUACAUGAUUUUGUACUUUACAUCUUUACACAAGGUGCUAGACUACUUUAAACACUAAGGAAUUAUUUAGGUUAAGUUAGUUUUUGAGCUUAUUUC